CGACGUCAAAGACGCCAAGACGUGGAGAUGUGCUCCCGAGGCAUCACCACAGCUGCCAUUGGCAAGCAUCAGCGCAUCUCGUAGCACUACAAUAUGACGGAACCCGGCGUCACCGAGCUCGCAUCGACACUGCAGUUCGGCUCCAUCAAGCGCAAUCCCUCGCCGCGCCAUGACCUGAACCCAUCGACCGCCGCGUCCGGGAAGCAGCCUGUGACGCUCGACAAGGACGCUGACAUCGACUCAGAUGUGGACGAAGAUGAGAUUCCAAUUAGUGCUCUGAAUCCGGUGCCGCGCAAGCAGACAAUGCCCCCACUCCCAGACCUUCGGUUCGAGCAGAGCUACCUCAAGAGCAUCGAGAAGGCAGAGUCGUGGCAGGGCGUGGCAUGGAUCACACUGCGCGAUCAGGUUCUCAUGUGCUUUGCGCAGGGCGUGGUAUGGACACUCAUUCUGAGCGGCUGGCGGCAUUGGAAUAGGUCAGCCGCGUUCAGCGGGAAGAGCGUUGGUGCAAAGAUACGCAGAUGGUGGUGGGGCGUGAAUAACUGGAAGAUACCCGAGACGAAACUGAGGGACACAAAGCUGGCGAAGGACGUCAAAGAGGUGAGUGCCGCCUUCCUCGAGUUCUACAAGGCCGAGUUCUCAAGUGCUGCGCAAGACUAGCUCGACUCAUAUAUGCAUUCAUCGGCGUUCAGGAUGCAGGCCCGGGAAUAAUGACAUUCUAUCAUCUGCGCACCCUC